UACUCUUCCUUCAUGGUUUUAUGACAAUCUAUCUUUCCGAUAAAUUCGGCGUAAACAAGUCGACGCAGGCGCAUAGAAUAAACGGUUGUUUUUAUUUUCAAAUGUCGAGUGAAGAUUGCUUGGCUCCCUUACGUUGAUUAGAAAUUGAAAGCAAAAUUGCAAAUUUGUGGUAAAUAGUUUUAUGAGAUAGGUGAAGAUCCACGCGUGCAUAUAAUUGCAAAAUGUCCAACAUAUUUAAUUUACUGGGCGGAAUCGCCGAAUCUGGCAGAGGCCAAGUGAUGAAACCUAUUGCGCAGUCCGAAAUGUCUCACGAUAUUAAACUGAAUUCCCUUAAGGCUAUGGGAGCAAAACCAAAAGGACUAUCAAUAAGAUCCAAUUCUGAUAUGAAUAUAUCUCAUAGCGUACAUUCAGUUAAUAUCAAGAAAAAUACAGAUAGUAACAAAGGACAGGAUCGUCUAAAGCUGAAAGUAACACAAAUAGAUAAUAAUGGACACCCAAUAUCUCCAGGAAAAGAAACAAAGAAACUAUUUGCACAACCAUCCAAGUUCAAAGAACCUGCUCUAAAAGAAACGACCGUGAUUAAUAAAAGUACAAAAGCACAAUUAAAUGAAGGUAUUUUCAAGAAACCAUUGCCUUCUAAAAAAUAUAUCAAGCAAUUUCCCACACCAGAAAAAUUAGCAUAUUGGUGUGAUGAUCAACAUAAAUUUGACUAUGGAUAUAUUGAGAUCAUAGAAAAAGAAUUUAAAGAUCUGUUUUCUAAGGAGAAAGAGAAUAUAAAACCUUCUGAAGAAAAGGAACUGAUGCCAGAGACGCCGAUCUUAUUAGAAGUUCCAAAAUUGGCUUUUGAUAGAUCUUUUGAUGAAGAACAUAAGAAAUUUUUGUCCCGUGAUCUACCUGAAAUAUCUGAUAUAUCCGAUGAUGAUAAUCUGUAAUGAUAACUGUAAUAUAAGAAUUAUUUUAAUAUUGUAACCUCAGAUUCUUAUAAGAGUAGCUGUAAAGCCAAAUUCUAAUAUUAUAAUAAUUUAUUUUCUAUAAGUAGAUAUAUUUUUGUAUUGACAAAUAUAGUUAAAGCAUUGUAAUUACAUGCACAUUAAAUUAUUUUUAUACGAUUAAAAAAAAAAAAAAAAGAGAAAUGAAA